CGAGCACCAAUGGCCAGUCUAGAAUGCUUGGACGAAAGCACGAUGUCCAGCGAAAGCCCAAUGACUACUCGACCUCCGAGUCGGCAACCCUCUGUCCACUGGGCCACGGGAAUGCGUUAUAGAAACCUUGGAAAGUCUGGUUUGAGAAUUUCUUGUAUCGGCUUUGGCACGUGGGUGCAUUUUGGAACACAGCUUUCUGAAGAGAGGGCAGAGGAUAUUCUGACUGCUGCUUAUGAGAGUGGAAUCAACAUUUUUGACACAGCCGAUGCCUAUGGUGGUGGAAAGGCAGAGAUUAUGCUUGGAAAGAUUCUAAAGAAGAAAGGUUGGAGGUACGUUACGAAUGUUGUCACUUUUCUCUGAGGACGAGGAUACUUGAUUAACUUGUUUACCUCUUUCUGAGAACGAGAAUACUUUAUUAAUUUAUUUACCUCUGUAUGAGGACGAGAAUACUUUAUUAAUUUAUUUACCUCUGUAUGAGGACGAGAAUACUUUAUUAAUUUAUUUACCUCUGUAUGAGGA